ACUUCACAUAUGUCAAAAUAUCCCCAAUAUGACAUUUAUGAUGUAACAGAAAAAAUUUUACCCAAAAAAAAGUAAUUAAUUCAUAAAUCCCAGUAUAAUCUGGGGUAAGUAACUCAAAGUUAACGCAAUUUGAACGAAUCGCAAAUUUUAAACAAGAAUGUCCCAUACUUAACAUAACCUCAAACUUUGACGAGAUGUACACCAGGUACGGGCCGUUUAAUGCAUUUUGGGGGCACGCACGCAACUUUACCACAUCAGCCAUUAAAAACGCGACCGCCGUUAAGUCGCAUUACGAAGUUUUAGGAAUAAAUCCAGCGGCAACGCAAGCGGAAGUUAAAUCGGCUUAUUACAAUCUAUCGAAAAUGUAUCAUCCAGAUAAAAAUCAGGGAUGUGAGGACGCUGCGACGAAAUUUAGGGAUAUUACGAAUGCUUAUGAAGUAUUGGGAAACGUGCAAUCGCGCAGGUUAUACGAUAAAGGUGUACGUUUUGAAAGAUCUCGUCAUUCCGCGCACCAUCCGGCGCAAGAUGAUGACCCAAAAACGCGAUUUUAUCGCAGUCGCGAUCACAGACAUAAACCUCCGACGAUGGGGGGAACUCAUCGCCAAACGGUUUACGAUUUCGACGAGUGGUCGAGAGCUCAUUAUGGGGCGACUUUUGCCCGAGACCUCGAGAGAAAACGUCGCCAACAAAUCGUGAACGAAAUGAACGAACAGAUCAAAAAUAGGACGAAAAUUGAAAACGUUUUAUUCGGAAUGAUCAUUUUUAUGAUGUUCGUUAUGGCCAUAACGAGGGAAUCAUACGAUAUGAAUCAUCUAAAACCAAGGGGGAAUUCGAAUCCGCCGAUCGAGCGAUGAGUGGUUCAAUUAAUUGAGGUUAUGUUAAUGUCGUCGUCUGUGAUUGUUUUUCGAAGAAUCGGGUGGAAAAUUUAGUGAAUUUUUUUUUGAUCAGGUAUUAUAGUUUUAAUUCUUGUUGAAAUAUAUAUUUAUUUUUUUAUA